CAGUUCGACACAUUCAGCGUGUUAAGUCACAGUUAAGUGUUCAGGUCACGUGUCUGUUUGUUGAUUUACCCGAGCCAUGUCACAGCCAGCAAACAUAGACAACGCAAACUGACACAAGCAACUGACAACCAACUGACAACACCAACUGACACCACCAACUGACACCACCAACUGACACCAUCAAAUGACACCAUCAACUGACACCACCAACUGACACCAUCAACUGACACCAUCAACUGACACCACCAACUGACACCAUCAACUGACACCAUCAACUGACACCAUCAACUGACACCACCAACCGACACCACCAACUUCUACAACCCACCAACGAAAAGUAUGGCAUCGAGUGCCGCCCACACGACCAUAAGACGAGCCAGACCAGAGGACUACGAGGCCGUGGUUGCCAUAGGUGACGUGUACAAGGGGAGGGACUACCUGUCACACUACUACCACAGUUUUCUAAACGACCCGGAUGUUUAUGCCGUGGUGGCAGAGGUCAACGGUCACGUGGUUGGUUUCAACAUGCUUCAGCUAUUGGAUGGAGGAGAAACCUUAAUCAAACGUGCCGGGAGAGUCCACUCGUCUUACAGGGGUGGCGGGAUAUUCCAUUUAAUGUCAAAUGAAUUGGAACACGCUGGGAGAUUCUUUUUCAAAGAUGCGAAGUGCUUGGUACGGUCAACCAUAGUUCCAGGGGAACAACCAGAAUAUACGGAAGUUUUCCGUAAGCCAUUAUACACCUUCUAUUACAACCCGCAAGACUUCCCAGAAUCCUUCACUCAAGGCUCAACAGUCGUCCAUCAGAUGAACUACCUUCAGGUCAAGCAACUUUUCACCCAGGGCGACGCGCUAGCUACGCUGGUACCUACGAAACGACUUUUCAAUUACUUUGUACCUUACAAGUGUAUUGAGGCGAACAUUCCUCACAUACUUGGGAAAGGGAGAAAAGUAUUCGCCACGGUUCAAAGGUCAACACAGUGCACAUACCCAUGCUUCACGCAAAACUUCUACAGGAAUAUAAACAUGGUCUCAUUUUCUCUGCACUUUCCUGGGACCCACGGUCUACUAUAUAACAUUGACCUUUAUGCUAUUGACAACGUCAGUGAGGAAACCAUCCGAGCGCAUAUAAAACAGCACAUCCAUGAAGUCAGUCAGUUGUCGCAGGAUAAAGGGAUUCUGAUGGUGUCCUUUGGUCUGAACAUAGACGAGAAAGUGGUCAGGUCUGGUCUGGAAGCUGCUGGUGUAGUAACAACGCUGGAUGGGCAGUUGUGGAAGAUACUGUACGAGAAACAGCUGGUCAACGACACGUCUGAUAUUGCGAACUAAAACAGUUUGUUUUAAUUGGAAGUAUAGCCUGGUGUUAACAAAUCUCUAAAGAUAACGGUGAAAACGGUGUGAUAGUAG